CUUUGUUCAGGUCUCUCACCCAGUUAUAUUGCCACCAGUAAUGGCUCCUCCCGCAUCCCUGACGCCACAAGUGAAUGUAGCGAGCAGCGAACAGUUGCUUGCGACCUCGUUUUUAGAAAGUUUGGAGAGGACAAACGUGUGUCGAGUUAGCAGGGUCUACCAGCAAGUGUUCUGCCCGUCCAACCACAAAAUAUGUUAGCUCAAAUCAAAGAACGGUCUGAGGGAUUUUUUAAAGAGAAGAAUGUCAUCACAGACAUCUUGGGAAAGCUGGAGGACAAAACCGGAAUCCAGAAACCGUAUAUUGCUACGGGUUUUGUGGCAGUUAUUGUGCUGUAUCUGCUGUUUGGAUACGGUGCAUCUCUGCUCUGCAACUUGAUCGGUUUUGUGUACCCAGCUUAUUUUUCCAUCAAAGCCAUUGAAAGCAAUAACAAAGAAGAUGACACAAAGUGGUUGACCUACUGGGUGGUUUAUGGACUCUUCAGUGUGGGAGAAUUCUUUUCAGACAUCUUUCUUUUCUGGUUUCCAUUUUAUUAUGCUGGAAAGUGUGUCUUUCUACUGUGGUGCAUGGCUCCAGUGUCCUGGAAUGGAUCCCAGAUCAUCUACACUCGUUUGGUACGGCCUUUUUUCCUCAAGCAUGAAUCGGCGAUGGACUGCAUGGUCAACGAUCUGAGUGGCAAGGCCAAGAAUGCUGCAGAAUCGGUUACAAAACAAGCUGCUAGUUUGGCUGUUGGACAUGAUAAAGCCCAGUGAAUUGAAUGAUUCACCACAUGAAACCAUCUAUUUCACCAAGGUGCCUUUCUUCUGAUUUGGAUCACUUGGGUUUUGGAUGAUACACUUUCUGAUCAACACGGUACUACAAAUAUUGCACCUGAGCCAAAUGCCAAGCACCAUCAGCCAAUGUUUUAUUUAAAAAAAGAAGACGAAUGUUUGGUAUACAUUUUAAUGUCAGCCUUUGUCACUUUUGUCCUAUUACUGUGUUUUGUCUGUUUGUAUGUCUGAUACAUCUUCAUCUCCUUGCCUGAAAGAAAAUAAAAUGGAAAUAUUUUGUGAA